UCGCGAGAUCUCCGUCUUGAGGACCGCCGGUCGCACGUGACUCUCGCUCGUGCUCCCUUUCGUCGAACUUGCUUCAAUUAUUCCAAAUAUCAUCGUGCUUUUUCGAGAAUCGUCAAGAAAAAAAAACGAACGACUGAGAAAAAACGAAUGACACCAGUGUUGCAGACGGUCGAACGACGCAAAUAAUGCCGAUCGUUGAGAUACGACGACGCAGUUAAAGAUGUCUCGGUGAAUUUGUGUCCACGUCGAGAGUGUCCACGGUGAUCCUAAUCGUCAAGGACAUCUUCCACCUCGGAUUUCGCGGGAGCCGCGUCUUAUCGUCAGGGACGAUCGGGUCGCACCGCCACCUCUGUAUGCAGAUUAUCGUCCGAGACGAUCGGGUCGGAUUUGCCGAGUGUAAUUGCGAGCGAGGUGAUUCUGCGACGGUGAAUAUUCGGAACGAUCAUGCUGCGGGGAUUGCCCGAGAACAUUUGAAAGGGUUAAAUCGCGUGUCUCUCGAUCUUCGGUAAUUGCAAAAAAGCUCUUUCUUGUGGACUCUCCGAGUGCCGAAUCCGGUUUUUUGUCCGAAUCCGAAUCCCAUUCGAUGUACACGUAACAGCGGCCACGACUGGUGGUCAUCGCGCCGCGGGGGUGAUAGCCACCGUCGCGUGCAUAUGCCGAUCGGGAAACUUAACGCCGACAACACGUGCACGGAAGAUGGAAGCAAGAACUCGCGUUCGUGCGUCCGCCACGCGGGGAACUACCACUAGGGUCUGAAGUUUCGGAGAGAGUUCCGGUGGCCUACUUCGACCCUGUCCUCCGGACGGAGGGCGCGCGAGGAUGUCCGAGAGGUGACUGGGUACUAAGGAGGGCGCAGUGGCUUUGAAGGUUGCUGCCACCUCGGUUUAAAUAGAAUGGAGAUGAACGGCACCGAAAGCAGCCUGAACGGCACCGAGGUCAAUCGCACUUCCGCGCCUAUCUUCACCAUUGGCACGGAUUUUAUCACGCAAUGGAAGCUGAAGAGACAACGGGAGCGACUGUGCCGAUACGUAUACAACCAGAUUUUGACAGCAGAAUGUACCCAGUUAAAUGGGACGUUGCUUGACCCGGAUGACCCGCGCUGGAACAGUGGUGAAUGGAACCCGGAUUUUCUACCCGACUGGUUUCCGACAAACGCGACGAAUAUUACAGCUUUCGGGAACGCUACGACUCCGUCGACGUCGGAUGAAUCUCUGACUCCUGUUUUGCCACCAUUUACACUCUGGCAGACGGUGUUGAUCGCUAUCUGUCUGGCGAUAUGCAUAUUGCUAACCGUCGGCGGUAACAUCCUCGUUCUCCUAGCAUUCAUCGUAGAUAGGGCCAUCAGGCAGCCAAGUAACUACUUCAUCGCAUCAUUAGCUGCCACUGAUAUGCUUAUCGGUACUGUGUCGAUGCCAUUCUAUACGGUUUAUGUGCUAAUGGGAUACUGGAAUUUAGGACCUCUCCUCUGCGAUCUAUGGCUGUCCGUCGACUAUACGGUAUGCCUGGUGUCGCAGUACACCGUUCUUCUCAUUACGAUCGAUCGAUUCUGUUCGGUGAAGAUAGCCGCGCAGUAUCGCAGCUGGCGUACGAAGCAGCGGGUCAUCUGGAUGGUGACCAUCACCUGGAUCAUCCCGGCGCUGCUGUUCUUCAUCAGCAUCUUCGGCUGGGAGCAUUUUAUCGGCUACCGGGAUCUAGCACCGGGCCAGUGUGCCGUUCAGUUUCUCAAGGAUCCGGUGUUCAACACGGCUCUGAUAAUCGGCUAUUACUGGACGACGCUGAUUGUCCUGUUCAUCCUUUACGGCGGCAUAUACAAGACCGCGUACGACAUGCAGAAGAAGAGCGAGGCCAAGCAGCGUAAGAUGCAGUCGAUGGUCGCGCUGAGCGCGGGCGCGAUGUCCGGCAUGGCCGGUCGCGCUGCCGGCAUAGGCAUCACCAAGACUCAGAGCGCCUUGCUGAGCCAGGACAAACCGAAGAUCGGGACCACAUCGGUGGACGACGGUGCGGAUACGGCGGAUACGCAGAAAACGCCGACGAAGACCACCAGUACCACUGUAGCUUCGGAUUCCGCGAACAAACUCGGGACCGCAAACAUCGCAGUGACCGAUGCUGAGAAAUCCGAACGUUCCAGCAGUCCCGCCUUCGAUUCGGACGAGGAGAGCACGGUCGGUACCACUCAGCAGUCACUCAACGUCAUCAGAAAGCGAUCGUCCUUGGCGGGUAUGAUGGCCCAGGCUGGCGCUCUUCAGGUGUUCGCCACCAACGGGCGUUUGAACGGCAUUAUGCCGGUCAAGGUCGAGCUGAGUGUGCCAACAACCGGUAAACUGCUGCCGGUGAGUCCGACGCGCGACGUGCAGAAAGCUCAAACACUGCCCAAGAUACAGGAGCUCAGUCUUCUGGACACUGACAAUCCCGCGGUCGAGCCGACCGACAAGUCCAGCAGUCGCACAUUAACGCCCGAGCAGUCCUUGAAAUCGAACGACGUCGAAGGCAAUCAAGAAUCGAUCGCCUCCGUCGAGGCAGCGUCGCCCGCUCACCUUAAGCACGUGUCGAUCAAUAGCGUUCAGCAGAACAUUAUACCGCCGCCGACGCAGUUCCAAAGCAGUCCUCCGGUGUCCUCCGACAGCCCGACAACGUCCUCGUCGACCGAUCGGCCCAAGUCGUUGGUGGUGCGCGGUCAAGGGUAUGACAUCCUCACCGGUCUGGACGGCGGCGAUCUACGCUACAUGGACGAGAGCUCCAUUAUUUUGCCCAGUCCUUCUUACGAGAGUCCACCGUCUUCCUUCUCCUGCAGCCUGGCGAAUCCGCUGUCGACUGCGCCGCCGUCGCCGAUUCUUGGUGGCGGCACCAUGACAGCCGCCGCGAGUACCAGUCUGUUGCAGACCGCCUUGAUCAGAGCGACGGCACAGCAGGCUGGAACCACGCAGAUGGCUCAGAUCGUUCAGAACAAGCAGCAUCAGCAGUUACAACCCACGAUGUCGAACGCGUCAAGUCAGACGCAUCCGCCGCGUGUGUUCAUCACGCAUCAGACGAACGCCGCGUCGCAGACGUCACCCACUGUCAGCAAGGUGCACACCGAAGUGUCGGUCAACGCUGGUGGGACGAAGCGUCAACCGGUAACGACGGUGGUCGCGACUACCGUGGCCAUGCCAGUGGACACGUCCAACAAUACGAACGAUCGGAUCUCGGAUCAGGUUACGAAGACGAGCAACAAUCCGCCGCAGAACUCGUCGUCCAGCAGCAUAAUGCCGACCGGUUCGGCCGCUACCAACAGCCAGGAGACGAAGAGACAAUCGUCGAAGAAGGAGACGUCGGACACGGAGCAGAGCGGUUCCAGACGGGACUUCGUCAAGUCUAUCGGGAAACGGCUGAAGGCCAAGACCCAGAAGAAGGACUUCACGAUAGGUCGACAGAAAUCGCGAACGGAGAAUAGAGCGCGCAAGGCGUUUCGCACAAUAUCCUUCAUCCUGGGCGCGUUCGUCGCUUGCUGGACGCCGUAUCACAUAUUGGCCCUGGUUGAGGGUUUCUGCGUGGAGCCGCCGUGCACCAACGAGCACCUCUUCAUGUUCUCGUACUUCCUGUGCUACGCCAACAGUCCUAUGAAUCCGUUCUGCUACGCUCUGGCGAAUCAGCAGUUCAAGAAGACCUUCACCAGGAUACUGAAGGGCGAUUUGCACAUGACGUAAACACCCGAUGUUGCGCAUUUGUUUCGAUAAUGUAGAACAUUACAUUAGUAUAAUAACAUAGGCGAUGCAAAUAUAAAAUUAUUUGCGAAGAUGGCCUUCCAACACGUACUGAAAUACACUCAUUCGUCUACUACAACUGUGGUGAAUCUGGACAAUAAUCAAAUGAAAAUAAUGUUCUAAGACUCGGUUGUCGGCGAUAGAGUCGUCGGGCGUUCGCGCGCCUUUUUGUACAUACCGUAAACACAUCGCGGCUCUCCGAAUACCGAAGUACGCGUUUCGUACAUGUACAUACGCUGUAAACAACACACGAAUGUGAAUAUUUGUUAACCUCUAUGUAACGCGCUUGUGAAAACGACGCAAGUCAGUCUUAGACGAUUAUUUACGCGUGGCGCGACAACAAAUAAACACGUUGCCGAACGGUGCAUUCCUAGCACAUCGGAACGAACAACGCUGCGAACAAUAGCGAAUAGAGAGCUUGAAAAAGAUUUGAGGAACGUAUGUGUUAUCAAUUAAAAAAAAAAAAAAAAAAAAACGUAGUUAUUGCGCAUGUAACGCGUUAUAAGAUUUUAGUCGUAGUCGAGAACGAGAAGGAAUAUCGUUCAUCACGAAAGACGAAAAGUGAAAAUAGUAGAUGUAUUAAGAAAAAUUUCGCGCGCGCGCGCGUUAUAGUCGAUCGUAUCGUGUAUUGAAACACUCCGCCGCUUUGGAUUUUUGCUGUUGAUCGCGCAGUAAUCGCGGAGCGUUUUUUUUUUUUUUUGUUUUUUUUUGGAGAAAAACGUGCGUCAUUAAUUAUCACGCAUCAACACGAGUUAUUUAAUCACGCGAGUUCUUGUUUUGCAAACAACGAAUCAGCUCGGGGUAGCUCGCCUCGUUGAAGUACCGGGAAAUCAAUGAUUUCUCUCACGGCUGUCGAUCGUGGAUCGAAAAUAAUACACUGCCUUGAGAUGGCCUAAUGUGCGGGCCUUUUCUCUUUGAAUUCUGACAAUUGGUACUAUCCUCACAAAAACGAGCUCCCGUCGACGUCUGAUUGAUGUUUCACGGCUUACAUCCGUCAUGACACGUAGGAAAAAAAAAAAAAAAAGAAACGUUCUAUCCCGAAAAUUAUUGUCAAAAUCACUUAUUUCGAUAUUAUAUAAAAAUUACAUCAAUUACAUCAAUUUAAUUGUACUCUCACUUACGAAUAAGUAAUGUUACUUUUUCUAUUUCGCACACAGAACGAUGUGUUUGCUUGAUAAUUUGAUUAAAGAAAUAUAUAUAAUGCGAUAAUUAAUUAAAGUUACUAUAACAAACUGUGAUUGUACAACUUGUACCGUCUUGUAAUUCUCAAAAAACUGCUAACACUUCAGUGUAUAUUUACGUAAUUAUUAAAAAUAAACGCCUAAUUUUUUUUUUUUACUAUUUUACAUUUUAGCACGUGUGUCUCGCGAUUACUGCAACUUGUUAACAAACUGAAAAAAAAUCGAAACAAACUCUGUAACAAACAAUUCGUAAUCACAUAUCUCGUCCAAUAAGCAAAAAUAUCAGUUUUUAGUUGCUAAUCAAUUAGAAGUAAACUGCUAAAUAAUUUACUGUAUAUUAUAAACUUUUAUCGCGCAUAGUUUUAUACCUUUGUAUAAUUUUCGUACGUAUACGCAAUUGCUUCGCUCGUAAAUCUUAUCAAAUAUUCCUGCUAGCUUUGUCGCUGUGAAAGAAGCUGUUACACGUUCUUCCAAAAUAAAAUAAAAAAAUUAAAAAAAUAAAAAAAAACAAGCGCAAAGUAUGUCCCGAGAGAUGUAAGAAACUUUUACAUUUAUAUCGCAGGGAUAACGUCUGCAAUUUUUGAAAAAAUCGCUAAAGGGACGCUUUCGUGGAACAUUUUUAAUAUCUUCCAAAAUUCACUGCCAAUAGUAAAAGUCAUGUUUUGUUUUGUUACAUUGAAAACAUAUGUACCGCGCGUAGUUAUCGGCCAUGACAAGAAAGAAGAGCGUAUUAAUUUGAAUGAUUUCUCUUUUUCGAUUUUUUUUGAUACACAUAUGAAAUUAUUUAUCAUAUUUUUACUACACCGAGAGAUACGCUUUUAUAACUUGUAAAUUACAUUUGCAUUUUUGUGCUUUACAUUAGCGUGAAAAAAAAUGUUCGGAAUACAUUUAUUGCUACACAUAUAUCGCUUUUAAUUUUGCAACAGUAACGUGAUGUAAUGAUGUAUGCAGAAGUAGGAUAUAUAAAAAUACGCGUUAAUUUCUUGUGAAAAGAAGUGUAAACAAAUAAUUAAAAUACUAAUUAAUAUUGAGAGAGAAGGGAGAUCUCAUCUUUACAGAUUGUCUCCUUGAUGAUAUAUUGGCGUGAUUACGUUUAAGUAAUAGAAAAUUUAGCGUAAAUGGGGGUAAAAUGCUUUUGUCAANAAAAAAAAAAAAAAAAAAAAAAAUUGUAUCAAAAUAUUAAAUGUAAAUGUUUCUUUGAUACAAUCGUACAUGCAGAACGCGGGACUGCCGCCUACACAAAAAAUAAACGAGCAGUCUGUAUAUCUAUUCAUGUAUCAAAUGAUAUAAUGGAUGUGAUAAUGUAAUGUUGGUAUGAAAUAACACAAGUUUAUGAUUUCAAGUCCAAAGAUCAGCUUUUAACUGAUUGAAAAACAAAAAGAAAAAAAAAAUAAAACGAUACGACGUUAAAAUAUAGCGAACAUUUUUGUGUGAGUGUACAAUAUGUCUAUGUAUAGUUCGUAAUCUAAAAUCUAAAUAAUAAACGAUAAGUGUGUACGUACACAAAUAGCGGUUUGCUUACUGUACAAAGAUUAACAUUGAGAGAUAAAACAUUAUAGAUAAAAUAUUAACGCGGAGAGAGACUUUGUAGAAAUAUUAAUAAAGUAUUGAGCGCGAGAGAGAGCGGUGUGCUUUUUGUAGCGUGUGUGUAUAUGUGCACACACACGUAUAUACGCAAUGUAUCGUAGUACACUAUGAUGGAUAGACAGCGGAAGAGGGAGGGGAGGGUUAUAUUAGCGCUAAAACACAAGAAAGAUCGGUAGACGUGUGAUGAAAAAUCUAGCAAAUAAAUAUUAUUAGCACUAGCCAAUAGCGCGGUUAAAAAAAAAACGCAGAUAAUAAAAUUAGCCGCAUAAAGCCUAUAUAUGUGAGAUCGUAUUAAAAAAAAAAAAAAAAGCAAGCGUAUUGUCUAGAUCACACUUCAUCGACCGGGAAAAAAAUAUAGUUGCACGUCAUAUUGUAUCUUUCUCUCUCGCGAUUAAAGCUUUUAUUGUAGAUUGUUCGUUGUGUGUCCGGAAAACGGGCGAUCAUCAAAAUUACGGGCGACGGGCCGGAAAACACGUGAUAAAUAUGCGCUACAUUCACACACGCACACACACACACACAUGCCUGGUACACUUCAAUUUAAUACUGUCUAUGAAAAAUUCAAGCGAGUUCUUCAUCUGUAAACAACUUUGAAAAAUUACGAGAGUAACUCCCACCUAUUGAUUAGUUAAUCCCGUUAAUUGUGCAAAAUACGCCUCAAAUUUUUUGCAUCUUUUAUAAAAACAAUUUUUUGUCAAAUUAAAGAAUCUGAAUAAUAAAUUGAUCCAGAAACAAAAUUA